ACAAACGUUAUAAAAAUAUAACGGUUAAACAAAUAAAUACUCUAAUUAAACUAAAAACUUGUUAAUUUACAUAUAACAAAAAAUAAUUGAAAUAAAAAAUAAAUAAAUCAGCAUGAGUGUCGAUGAGGAUAAAGAAUUUAUGGAACCAAAUCCUGAAACAGCUUGGCUAGAACAGACCACAACAAUUGGGGAAUUUAGAGUUUGGCAUAUUAUAGCAUUUUGUGUGGGCAUUUUAUUGAGUAUAGUCAUAAUGGUGUGCUGCUGCAUGAGAUUUCGAAUACCGCGCACCAAACAGGAAAUCGAAGCUGAUUAUCAAAGGAAACAGAUUACUAAGAAAUUUCGAGAAAAAUUACAACAAAAAAAUUCUGAAAUGGAUGAUAUGGAUUUACAAAAAGCACUUGCUUACAUUAAAUUGGAUGAAUAUGAUGAACCAUAAAAUUCUUUUAAGUUAAAAGGACUUUUUUAACAAAUGCAAAAAAGCUAUUGAAUACAUACAAACUCACUAUCUGACGAAACAAUGUAAUAGUGUGGAGAGUUUAGAUAAGGAUAUAAAUAAACUCAAAAAUCAAAUUGCC